UUUCCUGCACCCCCCAGGUAGCUCAGUUAAUUCCUCUCGCACAUAGGAUCUACAUACGCUCCUACUUCCGCCUUACAUCCCCCGCCGCCGCGUACCACUAUACAAUAUAUCGUGCCGAAUGGACGAAACGCUCUAAGGAACACAAUUCAGCCCGAUUUUGAUCGUCUUCGCGUCUCCUCGUCUUAUCUUCCCCUCACGCCCUCGUCCGUCCGUCGGUGCAACGAACAAAGUCAUGGUCGACUAUGCAGCACCAUCAUACCAGUUCCCGGCGCGGAACUUGAGGCCGCAGCCGCACGGUGGCGCAUCUGGCCCGCGGACCAUGUCGAUGAACUUGACCUACCUCGCCCCACAGAACGCAUAUAGAACCGACAACUCCUCGCAGUCCCAUUCGCACCACCUACGACGCACCUCUUCGUCGGGCAUCUAUUCUGCCCAGCAACAGGCAAGCCACGAGGCGUACCACCCACAUCAGCAGCAGCCGCAACAGAACUAUCAGCCAUAUCCGCCGCAGCAGAACCUUUACACCCCCAUGCCGAUCCACAAACACCGGUCGAGUACGGCGUCGACGGGCACGGUGAGGAGUAGCGCUUCCUCGACGCAACUCGGGCGCUCGUGCAGUAACAACACCACCAAUUCCAUCCCCGGCCCGUCGAGCAACAACUACGUUGCCGCGCUGCGACGACAGAAGGCUACGGUAUGGUGCGACAAGUCGCAGCAGGAGGACCCGCGACUCGUUGCGUCGCAGAAGGCGGCGAAGGCGCGUGCUGCCAAGGACGUGGUUGGCCCGUCGUCGAGCGCUUCCAAGGGAGGCCUGGGAUCGAGUUCGAGCUCGAGCACGUCACUGCGCGGCAGAGCUUCCGCGCACCACAAAUUGGGCAAGACCAAUUCGCACACCGUAGUCGGCAUAGGGGCGAACAGUCUGGUCAAUCAGCCGCCACCGCGGCUGUCCGCCACAGAGGCGAACGACGACAGCGGCGAGGAGGACGAGCUCUACAUGGGCCAGCACCGGCGAUCCGGCUCCGGGUCCGGAAGGUCCUCGCUGAACUCGAAUCACCGCACCUACGCCAACGACCGCCGCAACUCGUCGAUCGGCGGAAUUCACCGCACAACCUCGACCGGCAGCGGCUCGUCAACCUACUCGCCCAACCUGUCCUCGACAGAGCUCAAUGAGCCCUCCUCGCAACCGCGAGCGGGAAAGACCAACAGGACGCCUCCGCAUUUCGUCCCGUACAUCGUCGAGGAAUCGAAUCCGCGCGUCACAAUCUCCGGCGGCGGAUAUUACGAAACGUCGUUUCCGGCGUCGCCAGUCGAUAGGAAUGUCGUGCGCAGGAGUGGCAGCCAGUUGAGAAGGAGCGGGAGCGUCGAUGAGGGCGAGGUCAGGACUAUGACCAUGAGCGGACUCCGGCUGGUGGUUGCGAAUCCUGACUAAUCCUAGCACGCCUCUGAGGAGGAGGCGAGCAGGAGGCGGGAGUAUCUCAUUGUUUGUUUUUUUUGCCAUCUGCCGGCCGGUGUUCUAUGGGUCCUUUGGUGUUCAAUCGUUUUUGUGUCAUUCGUUUGGUUUAUUUCUGUUUCGCAUGGAUACUCUACUAGGGAGAGUGGUGGGGGGUAGGCGGCUUUCUGAAGCAACAAGAUCUCGUUCGUUUGGGGGCAGCGGGUG